GGCAGCUGGAGUCUCGCACACAACUGUAGUCAGUCUUGGAAUCUGAGCGCUGCCAAGAGACAAGCAUAGAAGCCAGCGUCGUACUUCCAUGACGAUGACAUGUUCUCUGAAGUGCUCAGGAGGCUGUUUUCUUAAGGGAAUCAAAGGAGGAUCAAAGCCAGUUCUACAAUGUCAGGGCUUGCCAUCUCCAUCAUUUUCAAUUCAACACUGCCCACCUUGUUAGCUUAUUCAUAAGGAGUUGCGGUCGUGUUGAAGAUCGAUUGGCUACAAUGAUAAUGAAUCACUUGCUCUGGCUGCUUCCACUCAUCUUUCCCCACCUGAGCUCUCCAGUCAUAUUGCUAGAGAGGACUGAUGGGAAUAUACUUCACACCUGGAACCAUUUGAUGGAGGGAGAUAAAAUGGUGCUGCUCAGAUCAAAACGGGACUGGAUGUGGAGGCAAUUCUUUCUGUCAGAGGAAUACACAGGAAGUAACUAUCAGUAUGUUGGCAAGCUUCGCUCAGACAAAGAUAGAGGGGACGGCACUGCCAGAUACGUUCUCUCUGGGGAAGGAGCAGGCACAGUUUUUCGUAUCGAUGAGAAGUCUGGGGAUUUACAUGCUACUCAGAGACUGGACAGAGAGGAAAAGUCCUCAUACACACUGCAGGCCCAGGCUUUCAACAAGAUCACAGGUCUCCCUCUGGAGCCUGCCACUGAAUUCAUUGUCAAGAUACAUGACAUCAAUGACAAUGAGCCCAAAUUUACCAAGGCUGUCUACACAGCCAGUGUACCUGAAAUGUCAGACGUUGGUACUUUUGUGAUAGAAGUCAAUGCCACUGAUGCAGAUGAUGCCACCUAUGGUAACAGUGCUAAACUUGUCUACAGCAUCCUGCAAGGGCAACCAUAUUUCUCUGUGGAGCCUGAGACAGGAAUUGUCAGAAUAGCCCUGUCCAACAUGGACCGAGAAGUGCGGAAGGAGUACCAGGUGGUUAUACAAGCUAAAGAUAUGGCAGGACAGAUGGGUGGUCUGUCUGGAACCACCAUGGUCAACGUCACCCUUACAGAUGUCAAUGACAGCCCGCCACGUUUUGCUUACAGUUCUUACCACCUCAGCACAUAUGAGUCAGCAGAAACUGGAUCAACAGUGGGUCGAAUCAAAGCCUAUGAUGGUGACGAGGGCGAAAAUGCUGAAAUGAAAUACAGAAUUGUGGAUGGAGAUGGCAAAGAAUACCUUGAUAUAAUUACAGAUGACAUUACACAAGAGUGUGUUAUCAUUGUUAGAAAAAAACUAGACUAUGAAAGCAAGCGAGUGUACACUGUGAAAGUGGAGGUGACUAACACACACCAGGACCCCAUCUUCUUUCAUCUGGGCCCAUUCUUAGACACAGCCAUUGUCAAGGUCACAGCUAAAGAUGUGGACGAACAGCCUGUCUUCAGUAGACCCCAGUAUGUCUUUGAGGUCAAUGAGGACACACCGAAAGGAGCAGCAAUUGGAACCAUUACAGCCUGGGACCCCGAUGCCACAGAUUACCCAAUCCAAUUUGCCAUAGAUCAGCACACAGACCCUGAGAUACUUUACCACAUCGAUCCCAAGAAUGGAACCAUUACAAUUCUGAAGUCUCUUGACAGGGAGGUGUCAAAGUGGCACAACAUCUCAGUCCUGGCCAGUGAGAUGAAUAACCCUCACCAAAGAAGCAGAGUUCCUGUCUUGAUAAAGGUUUUGGAUGUGAAUGACAAUGCUCCAGAGUUUGCAAUGCUUUAUGAGACAUUUGUUUGUGAGAAUGUGAAAGCUGGGCAGCUUAUACAGACAAUCAGUGCCAUCGACACUGAUGAACCUCUUGUGGGUCACAAAUUUGUAUUCAGUUUGAGUUUCCUGAAUACAAACUUCACCAUCUUUGAUAAUGAAGAUAACACAGCCAGAAUUUUGACCAGAAGAAGUGGAUUUAACAGGCGUGAAAUGAGUGUCUACUAUCUGCCAGUGGUUAUCUCCGACAGCGACUACCCCAUCCAGAGCAGUACCAGCACGUUGACCAUUCGCGUGUGCAGCUGUGACGCCACAGGCAACAUGGGUUCCUGCAGCGUUGAUGCAUUACUGCUCUCUGCUGGCCUUAGCACUGGGGCGCUUGUGGCAAUACUACUCUGCAUCUUCAUCCUACUCAUGUUUGUGGUCCUGUUCUCGGCUCUAAAGAAGCAAAGGAGGAAGGAGCCCCUGAUAAUCUCCAAAGAGGACGUGAGGGAUAACGUGGUGAGCUAUAAUGAUGAAGGAGGUGGCGAAGAGGACACCCAGGCCUUUGACAUCGGCACAUUGCGCCACCCAGAGGUGAUUGAGAGCAACAAGCUAAGGCGUGACAUCAUCCCCGAAAUGUUGUUUCCAUUUCACAGACCUUCACCCAUAAAGGAGUGCGCGGAUGUCAGAGACUUCAUUAUUAACAGACUGCAGGAAAAUGACAAGGACCCUUUCUCACCUCCCUAUGACUCUCUUGCCACUUAUGCUUAUGAGGGCAACGGAUCAAUUGCAGAGUCACUGAGCUCACUGGAGUCUGCUGUGACUGAGGGAGACCAUGAAUAUGAUUACCUCUCUAACUGGGGCCCACAGUUUAAAAAGCUUGCUGACAUGUACAUUGGGAAGGAUACAGGAGUUGCCAACUAGGCUGCAAUUCAAAGACCAUUCAUAUUCUCUGUAUGUAAGCUUGCCUCUCAGUCAGGUCUGUGAGGCAUAACUUGAAACGGAAAAGGAUAUGCUUCAAAUGAAGUCUUUUUUUCCAUGUUUUUCUACCAACACAACCUGAAAUAUACUUUUAUGAUGGAUUUGUCGUGGACGUGGUGAGAUGACUUUGAGUUAAUAGGAGAAGUGAUGGUGAUUUUGUUUUUGUUCACUAGCAGAAAAAGAACAUGACUGAAAGGAAAAUUAAUGGAUGAUUUUAUAAAUUAAAAAAGAGGAACAGUGACAAGACUGCCUUUAUCUUAGACAGAUUGUAAACCACACUUCCCAUUCCUCAUCCUUCAUAGAUUGUGUCUUAUACCACCAUACAGCAUUACAAAUCAUGUGCUAUGUUACCACAUUGUGUUUCAUGAUUCCAUGCAGUCAUGACAAAUGAAAUUUUAAAAGCGGGAGGAACAAACAAACAAAUAACAAAAAACAAAAAAAAAGGAACAUUUUUACUGUAAUUAGCGUCUAUUUGAAGUUUGCACUCAGUAUUUAUUAUUUAUUUUUUAUGUUGCCUUGGACGAUAUGGCAGUUGUCUUGGACAUAUACUGAAACCUGCAACAUCAAGCAAAAGUACUACUAUUUAUAAAGGGAUUCCAGUUACAUAUGCUACAUUUGAAUGUGUGUGUAUAUGUGUGGAGGAAUGUUUCAUUAUAUAAAGUCUUCUUAACUAUACAAAGCCUCUCUACACAAGUGGUGAAUCACUCAAUUUUUGAAACAUUAUUUUUAAAUAUGUAUGAGAUGUACUGUAGUUCAAUUCAAUUUAAUUUGCUUGUGUGAAGUUUGCUUAAUUUACAAAACUGCAGAUUACACUGAGAUCAAAUAGAAGCAUCACCAAGAAUGCUGCAGCACACUGAGCUUGUGUGAAUGAAUUUUGUUAAGUCAAAGUGUUUUAUAUCCACAUUUUUAAGUAUAUAUUUUAAUAAUAAUAAAGAAAAAGCCUCCUUGAUCAUUUUUGUACUCUUUUGCCCUGAACUAAGUCUUAGCAAUAGCACUCUUGAGAUCUGUGACAAAGCACUAUUGAUUGAACAUUUCCCCAGUGUAAAUUAGUGCUGCUUUGUCUAGAGCACUUUUUGUAAAUGGAAACUUUUGGCAAAUGUUUCAUUUCUAUUGAGGCUGUUGUG